CUCUUAGCAGGAGCAGGAAGUAGUAACAGUUUCUUGCUAAUGAUUCGUUCUGUGCUUGGUUGGCAAGUGAGAGGCGAAUGAGGAAGUGAAGGAGGUAGCAGAUACUUCGUUGUAAGAUUCCUGAGUGAAUAGACAGGAGUUAACUGGGGAAGCUUACCUGACAUGGCAGCAGUAACUGCAGUAGCCACAGCAGGAGGAGGAUCGACCAUAACGUCAGCAGGAGGUUCUAAGUGGAAUAGUGCCAAUGGAGAACUCGGGGCCAAAACAGAUAAUGGCAGUGGCAAAAAAUUGAAGUACAUCAGCUUGGCCGUAUUGGUGAUACAGAAUGCAUCUCUAAUCCUCAGCAUCCGUUAUGUUCGGACAUUGCCAGGGGACAAGUUUUUUGCCACCACUGCAGUGGUGAUGGCAGAAGUCCUCAAACUGAUAACCUGUUUGAUUCUCGUUCUGCUCCAUCACCGAGGUAAACUGAAACAAUAUAUAUUGUUUUUGUAUGAUGCCCUCAUUACACAGUACAUAGACACACUGAAGCUAGCAGUUCCGUCAUUGAUCUACACACUACAGAAUAAUUUGCAGUACGUUGCGAUCUCUAACCUUCCAGCAGCUACCUUUCAGGUCACUUACCAGCUCAAAAUAUUGACAACAGCUAUCUUCUCCGUGUUAAUGCUGAAGAAAAGCCUCUCUCACCUGCAGUGGAUAUCACUUGUUAUCCUCUUUACAGGAGUAGCCGUUGUACAAGUUGAGCAGGAAGGUGGAAAGGAGUCUGUUCGCAGUGAAAAUCAGAGCUACUUUGUGGGCCUGGUGGCAGUCAUUAUAUCAUGCCUUUCUUCUGGCUUUGCUGGUGUUUAUUUUGAGAAGAUUCUGAAAGGAAGUUCUGCUUCAGUCUGGCUACGGAAUGUGCAGCUUGGAAUUUUUGGGACCAUCCUAGGCCUGCUUGGUAUGUGGACAACAGAUGGCGUUCGUAUAGCUACACAGGGUUUUUUCUUUGGCUACACCCCCUUUGUUUGGUGUGUAAUCUUUAACCAGGCUUUUGGAGGACUCCUAGUGGCUGUAGUUGUGAAGUACGCUGACAACAUCCUAAAAGGCUUUGCCACUUCCAUCUCCAUCAUCGUCUCAACAGUAAUGUCAGUCUACCUCUUUGGUUUCCACAUAGACAUUUUGUUCACUGUUGGUGCUGGACUUGUAAUUGGAGCAGUGUACAUGUACAGUUUACCAAGGGCACCUGCAGCAUCACCCAGACAUGCCCCAGAAGCAGACGUUUUCCUCCCGAAGUCAGUUAUGGUGAAAUGAGACUUGUAUUGCACUUUCCCCUCCCCUGUCUUUCUCUUUAGACUGAUUUUUCCAAAUACUAACUCUUCUGCACAUCUUUGCAGCCAGACUUGUGAGUCGUACUUAACACCCACCCUCACUGGCGUUUGACUGCAGCCUGUCCUCUUUCAAAGUGGUCGGGUGCAUUUUCAGUCUUACCUUGGUCAACUCAAGGAUGUUUGGUAUUAGGAACAUACUGUGUAAGAGGCAGUAUUUGAUCUCCUUUUCAGAUGCUUGGGGUAGGGAGAGUUGUGAAAAAGAAGACUGACAGACUGAAGAAGUUUUUAACGGGGAUAUAAAAACUGUGCACUACAAAGAUUUUUUGGUCAUGUAAGAGUGGCUAAAGUGCUGACCAUCAAGUCUGUGCUGGUAGGGUGUUGUUGUUAACUCAGGGUCAUGAAUGAGCGUUUCCACAAAUUUUUGGUGAGUAGAGGGAGGAUGAUCGAAACUCACCCAAGUGGAUUCGGCUGUAUCACUUCCCUCACCUAACGCUUCUACCUUCUCUAUUGUUGUUAGAAAACCUUGCAUAACUUUCAGUACUUCACUGAACUGGUUAAUAUCAAUAUCAUUGUUAUAUAAAAAUAGGAAGGAGAAGUCUUGCAAUGGAGUUAGUGUGCUGUUUUUCGUUAUGCACCAGUCUGAUGUGGUUUGCAUUAACUUUAGUGUUAGCUUUAUUCUACAAAACCCCCUCCCAUCCACAUGCUAGAAUAAGAAGCUUUGUAAGUUUCAUGGACUUUAACUCCUCCACACUAUUUUAAAUUUAAACAUACUGAUUCUUGACAUUGCAUAAUCUUUUUAUUUUAUUUUUUUACUUAAACGGCCUGUUUUGGGAUGAUUUUUAAAAAGGUGAGCCUAACUGAUAGGAGGAAUGAACUGGAAAUGUUGCCUUUCUGACGUAUUGCAGAACUGAUGCCGCUAGCAUGCUGUAAUCAUUGGAGUCUACUCAUAUAGUUAUGCAGCUAUACAGUUAUCACAGUGUACAUGCCCAUGUCCUAGGUCCUUUAAGUAUAUUUUUUUAUCUAACUUUGUGCCUUUCUUCCCCAGGAUGUGUAGUUACAGCACUAUAUCCAUUCUUGUGCAAGUGAGACUGGUUAAUAGAAGUCUUAUGGAUGUUUUUUUACAGCAUGACGGUAUCAAAAGUAAUGAGUAACAAACGAGAAGCCAGCCAUUAACCCAAAGAAAUUACCAACUUUUGAGUCUGUUACUGUGGUUGCUAAUCUUUCCAUAGCAUAAAUUAAGCUUUUAAGCAGGAUGAUGCAAGCCUUUAUACUGUACAUCUUUGCAGAUGUUUCACAUCAGUAUGUUGGCCAGUAUGUGAGGUACUUUAUCUCAUGUAAAAGUCGUUAAUUUUUUUGGUAUCAGGUUUAUUUAAGACUGUGGGUAAGGAAGCCAAAGCCUAUCAUGGACAGUAACAUGUAUAAAGCAUGUAACCAGUGCUAGACAAAGGUGCCAGUUCGUAGUCGGACACACACAUGCACUUUCGGGUAUUUUGCAGUAUUGCCAGUUCAGUGAUGCAUGUGCAAGAGGAUGUGGGAAGAAAUUUGAGGCAGGAGCCUUGGCGAAAAUACUCAACAUGUGGAGCAUGUAAAGAUUCUGCACAGAAGGUACUCCAUCCAAAUAGUAAUCUGUAGAAGUAGUCACUGUGAGACAACAUUGGCAGCUUCAGUGUCAUCUACAUUCAAAUUUUCUUUUAUAAUAUGUAGUUUCCACUUUUCUGAGUUCUGGCUUUUUAAGCUAGUGUUUCCGUAGAUAAUGUUACACUUAUUUAAGCAUAUAGAUCUGAAUGUAUCCCGAAAUGUGCAAUUUAUAUGUUGAGAGUGAAGGUUAAAGAUCUGUUUGCAGUGAAUAAAGUUAUAGGCCCCCCACACUUGA